CAGCGUGGUGGACUAUUGGCCUAACUCCUCUCAUUCUGAGAGGAGACUCGAGCUCAGCAGUGAGCCGUAUAUGGGUUGAUAACAUAACGUAACGUAAAGAUAUUCAAAGUGAGUGUUGUAUCUUUCAGCGGGGUCGGCGGGUCGUAGGAUGGACAGACAGACCAGCCUGCAGCGACUGGAAGCAGUGCGCGAGGUUAUGAACGCGACCAACAUCGAUGCCUUCCUUGUGCCCACCGCUGAUGCCCACAAUUCCCAGUACAUAGCCCCGUCAGACGCGCGACGUGAGUGGCUGUCAGGGCUGUCAGGGUCGUCAGGCACGGCGCUGGUAACGCAGCGGCACGCGCUCGUGUGGACGGACGGGCGCUAUUUCACUCAGUUUGAGAUACAAGUGGACACUGCCAUAUGGACUCUCAUGAGACAAGGCACUGAUCUGAGCAUCCAAGAGUGGUUGGUACGCAACAUGCCCGAAGGGUCCACGGUGGGAAUCGAUCCCACUACCUUCACACGCUCCGCAUGGACGCCUUUACAGAUCGCCCUACUACAGAAUAAAGUGAACUUGCUGCCAGUGGAGGAUAACAUAGUAGAUCGCGCUCGCGUCAACGUUGGUGACGCCCCGCCGGCGCGACCCAGCGAGCCGCUGAUACCUCUCAGUGUCAACUUUACUGGGCGAGUCUCCAGCGACAAGAUAUCGGAGCUGCUCGAGCAAACCCGGGCGCGGGAUGCGUCAGCGCUUGUAUUGACUGCUCUAGAUGACAUUGCUUAUACUCUGAAUCUCCGCGGGACAGAUAUACCAUACAACCCGGUGUUUUUCGCAUACCUGGUCAUCAGGGCUGAUUUGCAAACCGACAACGUAAUUCUGUUCUGGGGCGACGGGAACCUGACGCCAGACGUUCAGCUGCACUUGGAGGCGGAAGGGACGCGGGUUCAGGUCCGGCCUUACACGCAAAUAUUUGCUUAUUUAAGGGAUAUGUCGAGCUCGCUGCAACCAGGCAGUGCCAUAUGGCUGUCUCGUGAUGGAAGUCAAGCCAUUUAUCUUGCAGCGGAAUCGAAUACUGCUGUAAGCACACUGUCAACAGUGUCUCCAGUUGCUUUGAUGAAAUGUGUGAAGAACAGUAUAGAGUUACAGGGUUUCAGGUCAGCCCACGUUAAGGACGGCGUGGCCCUGGUUCGACUCCUGCGCUGGGUGCACGAGCAGGUGGAGGGCGGAGUCAACGUCACCGAACUAGAUGUUGUAGAUAAACUUGACAAGCUACGCGGUGAGGAAGACCUGAGCAGAGGUCCGUCGUUCGCCACGAUCGCCGGUUCCGGGCCCAACGGUGCCAUUAUACACUACAAGCCGACGCCACAGACGGACAGAGUCAUACAGAUGAAUGAUAUGUUGCUGCUCGACUCCGGCGGACAGUACAUGGACGGCACCACAGACAUAACCCGCACGCGUCACAUGAGCGCGUCACCCAGCGAGGCGCAGCGGCGAGCCUUCACACGCGUUCUGAAGGGUCAGAUACUGCUGGCCACCGCUGUGUUCCCCAGGGGGACCACUGGUAACAUCCUGGAGACACUGGCACGGAAGGCUCUAUGGGACGUGGGUCUGAACUAUGCGCAUGGAACUGGUCAUGGAGUUGGUCACUACCUCAACGUACACGAGGGACCCUCGGGUAUAGGAGCCGCGCUGAUGUCUGGAGACCCUGGGAUUGUGCCUGGGAUGAUAUUUAGUGAUGAGCCUGGCUACUACCAGGUGGGGGAGUACGGCAUACGUCACGAGGACCUGGUGGAAGUUAUAGAGGUCAACGAACUCGCUGAUCAUAUAUUUGCGGACGGCAUGGUGGGUAACUUCGACGGUAGAGGCGCGGUGGGUUUCCACACCAUAUCUCUGGCCCCCCAUCAAACUGCGUGUCUUGAUGUCAAACUGCUGAGUCCGGAUGAGAUCAAAUACCUAAAUAACUACCACGCUCGAGUGUUGGCAACAUUGGGACCUAUUCUGAAAGCACGCAACCUGCAAGCGGACUAUGAUUGGCUGGAGAAGGAAUGCGCGCCAAUCCGCAGCGCCGCCAUGUUGGUUAUGGCGUCACCAUUUUUGAUUGUUAGCGUUGUUUAUAGUCUGUGGUUUGGCGCGAAAUAUUGAUUUGACAAACAAAAGUGAUUAUAUCCAAGAGCCUAGAGCAGAGUCCCAUAAUAUUAUUUAUUAUUAAUUAUUAAUAUUAUAUUGUGAAUUUAUUUUAUUUAUGUUGAAUUUUUAAGGCAUAAGAUAAGAUCA